AUGGAAAUAAGGUGUCGGAAGGUUGGACGGAGGUUAUGGCCUCCUGGGAGUCAGAUUCUCAAAAGCUACAGUGAGCCAGCUACAUGUGUCCUCACACUCCCAGCCCGCGGGAAAUUGAGCGUAAGACCUCCUGAGAAUCCCAGCCCUACCCCAGGGUCCUCAAGGUUCUUAAGUUACUUUCUUACCACAUCUGCAGUAGAGUGCCAGUGUAAUUGCGGCGCCAUUUUACCUGGUAUCAUUGUGCGUGGCAGCCAGAUCAGUUCUCUGGUGUUUCCUCUUGAGGGUAAUAUUAUGAGGUCACCUCCCCCAGCAGGUUACUCCCACCAAGGGUACCUUCCUGCACCAGCUCCUGGUGUGGGUAGUAAGGCCCAUAGCAAGCAGGCCACACCUCCAUCAGGCCACACCUCCAGCAGGCCACACCCCCAUCAGGCCACACCUCCAGCAGGUCACACCCCCAACAUCUGUAUCAACGUUUUGCCACGCCCCCAACAGACAGCACCCUCCAAAAACCACGCCCCCAACCCACAGCGCCCCCACAGGCUACGCCCCCAAAAGGCAGCACCCCCACAGGCCACGCCCCCAUCAGCCAGUAUCCCCACAGGCUUGCCCCCACCAGACAGCUCCCCACAGGCCACGCCCCCAACAGGCAGCACCCCACAGGCCACGCCCCCAAAAGGCAGCACCCCCACAGGCCACGCCCCCAUCAGCCAGUACCCCACAGGCCACGCCCCCAACAGGCAGCACCCCACAGGCCACGCCCCCCAACACCUGUAUCAGCUGUUUGCGUCCCGCGUUUAG